GCUAGUUGAUGAUGAUGAGCACCAUCGGAUUUACCUAUAAAAUUUUAAUAAGGCGAAAAGGAUAAAGCUGAAGAGUUCCACUAUGAUGUGUAGCAUUGAAACUUAACCUUAAGAGUUAUUCAUCUUCGUUCCUGAAAAUUCGACUCUCUUGUAUUUUGCCUACUAGUUAUUUCUUUUUAACCGUAAAAUAUUUGAUAAAAUGUCUAAAAGACGUAAUAAAUGGGCCAUCGAAUUUGUUCAAUCGAACAGGUAAAACGUAAUUUUUUUAAAGCGUAAAUAAUUACUUGUAAUUUGGCCUUUUAAACUUAGAAUUUUAGAACGUAUUUUUAUGAUUUUUAAAAAAUAAAUAUGCCAAGCCCUAAGUCCUAAGCCUAAGCCGCCUAAGCCUAAACUUUCCGGGGUAGAAACUUGGACUUGGAAAGUUUAGUCUUUGUAGAGAGAAAGAAGGGAAAGACGACGGGUAUCCUAAUUAAAUUAAUUCAAUCCCAUUACAUUUACUUGAGAAUUAUUGCUAGGCUUUCCUGCUUCCAAAUGUUACUAAACUAAAUGGUGCAGUUCGUUGGAGAAUUUUAGACUUAGGCCAAUUACUGUACUAAUAAGGACUUAGACUUAGACUUAGUGGCCUUAGCCUAAGGCUUAGCCGCUGUAAUUCCGGCCUUGUUUUGCUGGUUGUUAGGACUUAAUGAUUAGUGUUGCACUUGACUCUCCAUCUUUCUGAGCCUGCAUCAGUGUUUUCUACAAUAUUCUAUUAACUAUUGCUAUGGCUAUUGGUUUUAUUAUUUAGGCCCUAUUAUUAUUAUUUUAUUUCAGACUUAACUCUUUCCGUGCCAAUCUACAAUAUAUCGUCGAUUUGACUGGCCGAAUUUCUGUCAAUCAGAUAUCAGAUACUGUAUAUUUAAUUUCUGUAGUUAAUUUCGUCGCCUAUGGCUAUCAUCAAUUCUACUUCUUGUGUUCUCAAAUGAAGUAAAACUCUUCCGAGUUCCUUUCUGUUAGAAGUAGGUUUUUUUUACAUUUAUUUUUCCAACAAUUGCAACCUUUUUUUAAAAAUUUGUGUUGAAACUUUAGUAAACAAAACAAUGUCAUGCCUACUACAAGCACAUCAACUGUUGCUAGACCACAUAGGUUGUCAAAUUUGCAAACAAAAGAGCAUUUAUUGAGAAUUAUUGAUGCUGAAACAUCAGACAAAAACCAUGAAUCAUUUGAAUCUGAUUCCAGUACCCGGUAAUGAUUUUAAUUUUUCUGUCUGAUGGGUCAGCAAAUGCCAAAUGGAAAUAGAAUGGUAAUAGUAAUAGUGGUGACAGUCGAUAAUGUCCUGUUUGUCUCAAUCUACUCACAUUAUUUUUUUUUUUGUGAAAUGCAGACAGCAUUGCAAAUAUUCCUUUCCAUAAUUAUACUGAAACUUUUAAAUAUUUUACUUUGUGGCAGGGGCCGAGGAGAAAGAGCCUUAGUAGCAUCUACAGAAAACUUGCCAUCACCUGUGGGGUUUGAAAACUUAUCUACAGUAGCUGAGAGGCCACGAGAAGCUGAUCCCGGCCUUAUUAACAAAGUAAAUUGUCCAUGCAUUUUCUACUAUAAGCCAUACAAAUACAAUAAUUUGCUUUUAAUUAAUUAAUCGUCAAAGUCAAAUAACAAGUUAGAAAUUAAAAGGCAUUUUAAACCAUUUAAAAAAAUUUUUUUUGAAUACCUGUUUUUAGAUUUUGUUAUAACUUAUACUUAGGUAUAAAAAAUUUAUUUUCUUAACAUUUCAGCGAUCCUGGGACAUAGCGUUAGGGCCAAUAAAACAGGUUCCCAUGAACAUGUUCAUUAUGUGGAUGGCUGGCAGUUCAAUUUCCAUAUUUCCCAUCAUGAUGGUGGGUAUGAUGUUCUUUAGGCCAAUCCAAGCCAUGCUGUCGAUUCAAAAUAGUAAGUGACAUAAUAUAUUUAAUUAGCCGACCUGCGGCAUAGCAUACGUCGCAGAAUUGCUCGCUGGCUCAGAGCUUGUUGGGGUGUGCGCAUGGCUGGUAAGCGAGGGUGGUGCAGGUGGGGGUGGGGUAGCUCCACGCAGUGAGCAUGUCUCAAGACCAGCAAUGGGCAGGCAAGGGAAGGGAGGGUUUGCCUGCAUCUUGCUUGCUCUGGCGUAUCUAUAUAUAGCCUUUGUCGUUGUCUUGUUCUUGUCGUCUUCUUGCCCUAGUUUUUCUGGCGUAUUAUGUAUAUAGAUUUUAUUAUUAGCAUAAGUUUUAAAUGUUUAAAUCAAAUUAUUUUCUUUUACCAGCUUUGCUUAUCUUAAACAUCAAGCAAUAUUUUUUAUAUUUUUUUUUAACUAGAUAUAUGCAAAUAUCCAUACAAAGUAAUUCUUUUAUGAUACUAAAAUUUUGUGUUUUGAUGAAGUAAUAAUUAAGCACCUUUUUUUUUUGAAGAUCAUUUUGUUUUAAAUAUCUUAAAGAAUUAACCUAUCUGUCAUUAUGGGCGUUUAUGUGGUGUUGCAGAUGCCUCUAUAUCUAUUGCGCUGCAGCGGAUAUAAUCAUCAGUCUUUACUAAAAUUAAUAUAAUAAAUACUCAGAAGUUUUAAGUGGUUUUUUUUACCCCGUGGGGAGGUAAAGAAGAGAGGUAACUCUUAUAAACUAGAUUUACUUCCUAGUUAUAGAAAACUAAGGUAAAUAUUUAAUGUGUUUUUUGUUUUUUUAAAUUGAAUAAAGUUGACAUUUUAGGAUGUUUUUCUUUCCUUGGAACUAACUUGUAGGCUCAGAUGUUGGCCCUGCAAAACAAAACUCCAAUUUGUUAAAUUUAUAUUCGGAGCACCACUCAUUUCCCACAGUUGCCAUCUUGAUUGCAAUGAUGGCUGACUUGUUAUAGCUACCAAGAUGGCGGAUGUGUGUACAAAAAAAAAAAGUAGUGCAAAAAACAUAUUUGCUAAAAUGGGGAGGGAGGGGGAGAGAGAGAGAAUGUGCUGUGUAAGCUACUUACAGCAAAAAACAAAAGUUAGGAACAAAACUUUAAUUUAAUUCAAUCAAUUUCUGGGAAAUGCCUACAAUCCUAAGUUGUAUUUCUCUACCUAACCUAAAUGCUAAAUCAGUAUCCCUAAUUCAAUCGUAAAUUCCCCCAUAAAAUAAGUCCCUCUUAACAUGCGUAAAUCUUCAAAUCUAAAAUCUAUGACCUAACGUGAACCCUAAACCGUGUGUUUGUUUGCUACAAUUACACAGUGUACUGUACUGAGUAAAUUGUAAGUUUUAAUACUAAGAUAAAGUUAUUUUUAAAAUAUUCAAAUAUAUGAAAACCCAAUUUACAGAUUCAUUGAAUGCAUUUUUACACACUUUAUUGCAGGAGCCAACAAAAAUAAAAUCUAAAAAUUGGAAGAAAAAUAAAUACCCAUUCCAAAGCGCCUGCCUCUUUUUAAAUAUUAUUAUUAAUCACCCACUAAAAUAUUAAUUUGAAACAUUCCAUUGGAGUAUUAUUAUUAUCAUAAUUAAUCACCUACUAAAGUAUUAAUUUGAAGCAUUACAUUGGAGUAUUAUUAUUAUCAUAAUUAAGUACCUACUAAAAUAUUAAUUUGAAACAUUACAUUUUGGAGUAUUAAUAUUAUCAUAAUUUAUCACCUACUAAAAUAUUAAUUUAAAACAUUCCAUUAGAGUAUUAAUAUUAAAAAAAAGAAAAGCUAAAUAGAGGGAUUUUGAAGAUAGUUUUGUUGGCAAUACUCAUGUUAGUGAUAAUUACGAUAGUGGAGCUAGGCACCAGUAGUGGUUCAAUUUCUAAGAGGAGAAGUAGCUGAGAAUUGGAACUAAUGAAUUUAAUAGGCAUCAUAUUUAGAACUAUGUUGGGCACCAAAUGAAUAUAUUAUUAUUUUUUAAAAUUUCUAUAAACAGCGAUGGUAACAACUUAACAUUUUCUAAACUGAAAUAAUAAUGCUUUUCGCCUGGAAAACAUAUUUAGAUAAUAAAAAAUGACCCAAAAAUUGCGGGUGUGAGCUGAGUUAGGAUAAACAGUAGCACAAUUGUUCUCACUGUUGAAAGGUCAAGGUCAUAUUAAUUUCACUAGGCUCACAGGAUUCCAACAUUUAUUCCAUAUGGUUCCUCGUCCAAUAUACCCUCUGAAUAUUAUUAUUAUUAAGGUGGCUUUAUAUAGCGCAGUACCCCAUUUUAUAGACACUAAAGUCAAAGUGUAUUAACUCAAACUAUCCACUUUCAUCACAAAGAAGAGAACGAAAGCUCCAUAUAAGAAAAGAUGCUUUCAACUAUAGGUAUGUGCUAAAAUGCCCCAGAGAACCCACUGCAAAAGUUGCCUUUGCACUGUAAAAGUAAACAUCAAACAUUUUUCACUUCCAAGUAAAUUGAAAAAUUGAAAUUGCUAGGAAAUUUAAUAAAUAUUUACACGUAUACACCUCAAUCGCUUAAUUUUUUUGUUAAUUUUUUAUGUAUUUCAACGUUGCUUUACUUUGAUAAUUGUAUGGAUUUUUAUAUUAUCAACAAAAACGCCGCAUUGCGAUAGUCAGGAAUUUUUUGUUUUUAGUUGGGAAAAAGUCGGGAAUUUUGUUUUUAAAAAAGUGUAGGAAUCCUGGGGUAGGCUCACAGCGCUUAAUAUAAAAACUAGCAGUUACAUAAAAUUAUACAUUUAAAAACAACAAUUGGUAAAAAUCUUGACCUCACCCACCCAAGUACUAUUUACCCCUGUCCAGCCAUGAACAGCACCCAGCAGCAAGGAGUGGGGGUGGGGGGUGAGAAUGAGUCAGUAUAGUACAAUUUGAAGAGAUGAGUCUUGAGGGCAGUUUUGAAGGCUGGGACACUUGGUAUAUUGCGGAUGUGAAAUGGGAGAGAAUUCCAUUAUUUGGGGGGCACAGAAAGAGAAAGAUCGUUCACCAUAUCUAUACUUAUGUUGGUCUCUGGAUUAAUUCUCCAUUAGUUUUGGUUAUUUUAGGGAUACAUAUCAAAGUGACUCAAAAGUGUUUGCACGACAGAACGUUUGCAUGUGGCAGUUUGUGGGUUAAUGAUUCAAUCAUAGGGCAACCACCACAAAGCAUUGUUUCUCAAUGAUAUCUAACUAAAUUCACCCACUGUUUAAGGGGAGUGACUGGUUCCCUUUAAGCUUUCCUCAUUUAGGGAUCUUCUUGAUUUUAUUUUUAUCUUCAUUUCUUUGCCACAGCAUUCAAAAGCAUAGAGGGUGAUCAAGCAGCAUUCCAGAAGCUUGUUUACUGUAUAGGAAAUUUGGCUUGUUUAGCCAUGGCUGUCUAUAAAUGUCAGACAAUGGGAUUAUUGCCUACACAUGCAUCAGACUGGCUGGCCUUUGUCCAGCCACAAGAGGUAAAGUGGAUGAGGUUGAAAAGAAAUGGUUUCAUGAAACUGCAAAAUUUUUGCAGGAUUUUCUGAUUAAUAAUCUCUCAGUCCAAAGGAAAAAAUAGAAAAGAAAAUCACUUUUCAUGUGUUCCCUGGUUUAAGGUGGUUGGAUAAAAAUAUCUUUAAAAAAAUUAUAUUAUAAAUGCACAACUAUAGAGCGAUUAAUUAAGCAGCUCAUUUUUUUGUGAAAAUAUUUUUAUUUAAUAUAUUUUCUUGACAUGUGUCAGGACAGUCUUUUUUUCCUAUGCUUACUUUAUGGACCCUAACCAUCAAAAUACCGAAAUGUGUCUACUUAAAUGACAGCUUUUAAAUAAAAGUUAUCUUUCUUUUUGUAACCUGAAGGAUACAUUUUCAGAUCUAUUCUUGCUUGUUGUACUCUUUUUUACUUUACUACUGUACUAAAAAGCCUUACAAUUUUAAUAUCUAUUUUAUGUUUCUUCCUUUCAGAGAAUGGAGUGGUCAGGAGGAGGGAUGUUCUUCUAAUCAAAGACUUGUCACUGUCCUUUUUCCUCCACUGUUUGGCAUUUAUUGAUUAUAGUAAAAACAUGAACUCUAGUCUGUUACCGACAGCAGAGAUCUCAGAAUGGCUCGGGGCAUUGUUAGCUGUAAAACAAACCUAGUGUUUGUGUUUGUAACUCUGAAUGGAUUUGUAAAAUUUUCAUUUAAAAAUAAAACUAUUUAAAUGUUUAUGGCCAGAAAAUAAAAUUAAAUAUUGUUUUUUGUCUCCUGAGUUUAUAUUGUUGCCUGGGUUUAUUAUGAGCAUCGGCUUUUCAAAUUGUAUUUGUUGUUUAUGGGAUUGGAGCUAAUCACUUAAGUCCAAGUUACUCGUCUGUUUCUGUCCUUAAAGUAAAGCAAAACAAAAAAAAUAAACUGCAGCGUAAUACAUAGAAGGGAAAUUUAUUAACUAAAUAAUUACUUAAGUACAUAUAAUUUUUUUUAAUGAAUAUUGGUAUUACAUAG